AUCUGGAACUAUGGGGGAUGAUCACUCUGCCAUGCCGCUGGAGAUUACUCCUGUUGAAGAGGAGCUGAAUCGUCAGCUGCUGUCGGAUUUCACAGGGGAGAGAACAGGAUUCCUGAGGGUUGGACCUCAAGGGUACUUCUUGCCUAGCAAAUACGCAAGGCAAGCCCACCAUCUGUACAACUUCCAACCUCGGCCCGAUGACGUUUGGGUGGCCACAUUCCCCCGAUCAGGAACAACCUGGACCCAGGAGCUUGUGUGGUUGAUUGCAAACAAUCUGGAUUUUGAAACUGCCGGAAAAGUCCCACAAACUGAACGAUUUCCAUUUUUCGAAUUCAGUCUGUUCCUGCAUGAUGAGACCAAGGAAGAGUUUAUCAAGGAGAACGAAUCAGACCCCAAGAAAGUCGAGCUGGUGGAACAACUCAGCAAGCCUGGCUAUCAGAUACUCAAUGAGAUGACAACGCGAAGAUUCAUAAAAACACAUUUACCUUUCAGUCUUUUGCCCAAGACUCUACUUGAAGUAGGCUGUAAGGUGGUCUAUGUCGCUAGGAACCCCAAGGAUGUGGCUGUCUCCUUCUACCAUCUCAACAGGCUCAUCCGCACCCAGGGCUACAAAGGGGACUUUUCCAAAUAUUGGGACUACUUUGAACGCAAUUUGAAUCCUUGGACUCCUUAUUGGUCCCAUGUCAAUGAGGGAUGGAAACUGAAAUCACAUCCAAACGUACUUUUCCUCUUCUAUGAGGAGAUGAACAAGGACAUUAAGAGCACAAUCAACCAAGUGUCUGAGUUUCUCCUGGGAUCCAGACUGUCAGAGAAGGACACAGACAGGCUGGCCAACUAUCUGGACAUUACCAACUUUCGCAGCAACCCCGCUGUCAACUACCAACCACUGAGGGAGGCUGGUAUCCUAGUUGAGGGUGAACAAGGCUUCAUCCGCAAAGGAAAGAAUGGAGGCUGGGUUGAAGAGUUCACUCCUGAGUUGAACAAACGAGCUGACAAGUGGAUUCACGAAAACCUGAGGCAAACGGAUCUGCGAUUUCCUGGAAUGUGUGAUGUUUAAUACCCUUGAAUUUAACGAGCUGACAAGUGGAUUCACGAAAACCUGAGGCAAACGGAUCUGCGAUUUCCUGGAAUGUGUGAUGUUUAAUACCCUUGAAUUUAACGAGCUGACAAGUGGAUUCACGAAAACCUGAGGCAAACGGAUCUGCGAUUUCCUGGAAUGUGUGAUGUUUAAAUACCCUUGAAUUUAACGAGCUGACAAGUGGAUUCACGAAAACCUGAGACAAACGGAUCUGCGAUUUCCUGGAAUGUGUGAUGUUUAAUACCCUUGAAUUUAACGAGCUGACAAGUGGAUUCACGAAAACCUGAGGCAAACGGAUCUGCGAUUUCCUGGAAUGUGUGAUGUUUAAUACCCUUGAAUUUAACGAGCUGACAAGUGGAUUCACGAAAACCUGAGGCAAACGGAUCUGCGAUUUCCUGGAAUGUGUGAUGUUUAAAUAUCCUUGAAUUUACAGCCUAGAAACCAAAUCACCACUAUGAGCAUAAACAAUAUGAACAAACAAGAACUUAUCAAACUGAAUCAUGAGUGUUAACUAUCAACUAUAUUAACACAUUGCAUGCGGCGCGAUCACCAGUGACCACCACAGUA